AUGACCGACUCUACUCAAGGCUAUGACGGCAACAAAUUGGACGAGCCAAACACCGAAUUCGAAGAGUUCAUCAAGAGAAAUCCGCCCCCUAAUAUUGACUGGUCCAAUGGUCCGCUUUGCAAACUGAUAGGCCAGGCGAUGGUAGAAGAGGCCGCGAGAUCUCACAGCAUACCACCUGUGGGUGUGAAGCAGGUAGAAACCACCUUUAGGGCCGACGAUGGGACUCAUUUGAGAACAAAAAUCUACCAACCGGCCGAUUUACUAUCUGACCAGGGUCGUCCACUGAUUGUUCUCAUCCACGGCGGAGGAUUUUGUAUCGGCGUGCCUGAGAACGAAGAGAUAACUGCACGGAAUGUCGUCCAGACGCAUGGCGCCAUCGCAAUUUCUAUCGACUACAGACACGCCCCUGAAUACAAAUUUCCCUACGCGGUCGAGGAUGCCUGGGCUGGUCUCCGAUGGGCUGCCAAAAACGCCGCCUCGUACGGCGCAGACCCAACCAAGGGCUUCAUAGUCGGUGGGAGCUCGGCGGGAGGCAACCUCACCGCAGUUCUGGCGCACCUUGCACGUGACAAAGGUCUCCGUCCUCCCCUGACGGGUCAGUACUUGGCCAUUCCAUCUGUCGGGACCGAGGAGGAGAUCCCCGCCAAGUACCAAGAUCGACUCAAGUCGUACACCAAGUACGCCGACUCCCCGGGCCUUUCGGUCGCCGCGAUCAAUUCCGUCCUGAAAAUGUAUCAACCUGACCUGAAGGACGGAGCACGCUUUUGCAUCGUCAAUCACCCCAAGGGACACGCAUAUUUGCCCCCUGCCUAUUUCCAGAUUGCCGGUGCCGACACGCUACGUGACCAAGGCUUGGUGUACGAGACGGUUCUUCGCGAGGAAUAUGGCGUGCCCACAAAACUGGACACCUACCCUGGCCUGCCGCAUGGGUUCUGGAGUGCAUUUCCCACUCUGUCCGCGAGCAAGGCCUUUCGACGGGACCAAGUCCGUGGCUUUGGGUGGUUGCUCAACUCGGAACCGCGUGUCGAGAGACUUCAAUCACUAGAAUACGAUCGCGUGGUCUCGAUCCAAUGGACCACCAAACUAUGGAUACUGUGGGUUGUUUUGAAGGACAAGCUGACCAGUCUUUGGGCUUUUUAG